AAACGCGGACCGGAAGUGCCUGUGGCGAGUGUGUGCGCUUCGGCGGCUGGCGGCGCUGCCGCCCGGCUCUGUGAGGGGUCGGCGUGGUGCUCUUCCUUCUCAGGGGAGCAUCAAGGAAGACAAGCCCAAGGCCCAAGAUACUGCAUUCCCAGCAGAUGCCUUCCACAAGCCUGUGACAUUUCAGGACGUGGCUGUAGACUUCACACAGGAGGAAUGGGGGCUGCUGGGCCCCACACAGAGGAUCCUCUACCGUGACGUGAUGCUGAGGAACUACAGCAACUUGGUGUCCCUGGGACUUCCCGAUUGCAAACCAGAUGUGAUCUCCAAGCUGGAGCAGUGGGAAGACCCCUGGACUGUGAAGAGAGAUGUCCCAAGAGGUCCAGACUCAGAGCCUGAGCCCCGAGCUGCAUGGCUGCCUCUAGAGAAGGGUGCUCUGUCUCAGGGGCAGAUGACAGUGGGACUCUCAGGGCAGGAUUUCUGGCACACCAUCCAGAAAGAAGUCACAGAACAUGAAGGCCAGGUGGCAGAGAGACAAUGCCAAGCAGUGACACUCAGCCAGGGGAAGAAGAGCCCAGAGUGGAGCUUUGCAGGAACUUUCUCCUGGCACCCAUUCUUCACUGAGCAUCAGUGCAAUCCUCCAAGGGCUCAAGCUCCCACAAGCCACGUUGGCAAAAAGGGCCUCACCUGCAUUUCAGUCCUAGACCAGGGGCACCCCUGCCAAGAAGAGAGACUGUGUAUGGAAGCCCUCAGCUCUCUUCCAGACCUUAGUCACCCUCAAGGAGCUCCCAUUGCGGGGGACACAUUGGUGUGUGGUGGGUGGGGAGAUGCCUUUGGCAAGAACACAUGCCUUGUGGGCUGCCAACAGAUUCCCGAUAAACGGAAGCCCUACCCAUGCGAGGAGUGUGGGAAGGCCUUUGGACAGAGCACACAUCUCGUUCAACACCAGAGAACCCACACGGGUGAGAAGCCGCACACGUGCCAGGAGUGUGGACGGGCCUUCAGCAAGAACUCGUCCCUGGUUAAGCACCAGCGCAUCCACACAGGCGAGAGGCCCUAUGUGUGCAGCCACUGCAGCAAGCACUUCCGAGAGCACUCCUCCCUGGCCAGGCACCAGCGGGUGCACACGGGCGAGAAGCCGUACACCUGUGGAGAGUGUGGGCGCGCCUUCAGCCAGAGCACUCACCUCCUGCAGCACCAGCGAGUCCACACUGGGGAGAAGCCGUUCGCCUGUGGUGAGUGUGGCAGAGCCUUUGCCGACUCCUCAGCCCUCCUGGUCCACCACAGAAGCCACACGGGAGAGAGGCCGUAUGAGUGCUGCACGUGCUGCAAGGCGUUCAGCCUCAGCUCCUCGCUGGCCGAGCACGAACGCUGCCACACAGGAGAGAAGCCGUACGCGUGCCGGCAAUGUGGGAAAGCCUUCAGCCAGAGCUCCUCCCUCAGCAAGCACCUGAGGACACACACGGGUGAGAAGCCGUACGCGUGCGGGCACUGUGGCCGUGCUUUCAGCCAGAGCUCCUCCCUGGCCAAGCACCAGCGGGUGCACACGGGCGAGCGGCCCUACGCGUGUGGGGAGUGCGGGAAGACCUUCAGCCAGGGCUCCUACCUGAGCCAGCACCUCAAGAUCCACAGCGGCGAGAAGCCAUUCAUAUGCGGUGAGUGCAGGAAACCCUUCGGCGAUUCUUCAGCCCUAGUCCUGCACCAGCGGGUGCACACGGGCGAGCGGCCCUACGCGUGUGGGGAGUGCGGGAAGACCUUCAGCCAGAGCAAGUUCCUCACCCAGCACGAGAGGAUCCACACUGGGGAGAAGCCCUUUGUGUGUGGCGACUGUGGAAGGGCCUUCGCGCAGAGCUCCUCCCUCACCCUCCACCGCAGGACACACACUGGGGAGAAGCCUUACACGUGCGACGAGUGCGGCAAGGCUUACACCCAGGUGUCGCACCUCACUGAGCAUUACCGGGUGCACACGGGGGAGCGGCCCUACGUGUGCAGUGUGUGCAGCAAAGCCUUCAGCCGUGGCACACACCUCAUGCAGCACCAGCGUGUCCACGCGGGCGCCAAGCCCUUCAUGUGCAGCCUGUGCCGGAGAACCUUCCGCGAGGCUGCGGCCCUCAUUCUGCAUCAGAGGGUUCACGCUGCACAGAAGCCCUCUGAGUGUCACACAUGUGAGAAGGACUUCAGCCAGAGCAGAUCUCUGGUCCAGCAUCGGAAAAUUCAUUCCCAGGGGACACCAUGAGUGCAGUGAGUAGCAGAAAACCCUCGGCGGCUGUUCGGUUCUCAUCCGCCAGUGAACUGGGGGUGUGCCAAGCAUGGCAGACACCUGCCUGUCCUUGGUGUGGUGUUCUUCAUCCAGCGGAGGGCCCUGUGAGUGUCAGGAACUCGGGGCCAGUGCAGAGCAGCCCCCUUACCCAUCAUACGCUUCUCUCUGCAGGGUCACCCGGUUGGGUGAGAAAGCCAGAGUGAGCCUUCAAGGGGAGCAACAGCCCCUCCCAUUUUCCAUCAUACAGGUUCCCACAGACAUCCACCAGGUGGUAGGAGAGAUCCACAGGUGUGGACGGUCUUCUCGGCAGGCCUGAACAGAGCUCAUUUCAGUUUUUGCCAAGGCAAAAAUGAAAUUAAAAAAAAAACAAAAACGUGAAAAGAUGCUUUUUCGGGGCACCUGGGUAGCUCAGUCUG